AAGCCAAAACCGAAGUCAAAAAACGAACUAAGCCGACCGUAACCGGGCCGACCAAAGCAAUAACUUUUUUUUUCUCUCUCUCAUCUCUAGUCUCCUCUCCGGGAGCCCGUUACUUUCAUCCAUUUCACCGGCGACGGUUGCAAGCCUCUCUCCUUCUGCUACUCUCUACGGCGGUCCCUGAUCUGGCGAUCCCUAUAGCCUCUCUCUCCCUCUCCCUCUGUGGCGUGCAUCGAUCCCUCCAAAGAUGGAGCUGCGUCGAUCCCUGUUCACUUCGCCGGAUAAUGCAAGAAGGCGGUGCCGUCUCCGAUGAUUUUCUGCGCUUCGAUUUUGAGAGGCAUUGUAUUGUCUCCAUGGAUGGGUUCUUUAGCAUCUAGGUUAUAGGAGCUUUCGGAGUUAUAUGCAGGUGACAAGGUAUUUUUUCCCAGUAAGGGAACGGUUGCUGUAGGUAUUCAUAACGAAGAACAGCAGAAGAACGAGACAUCUUGACGGGGGAAAAGAAAAAUAUGUUGGGGCUAUUUACUUCAGCAGGAAUCCGCAAAUCUCACCAGAUCAAAACUUUAAUGUGCAGUCCUUUAUUUUCCAUGCUCUUCUUACAUAGACCAAUACUUUGGAAAGCCAGUAGCUCCUAUGGUAUUUUGUGCAAGGUCUUCAAUUGGAGUACUGGUCUUGUCUCACCUUUUGGAAUCAGAAGCUGUCACCUCACGAGUUGUUUCUGGAGUCUCUCAAUUCAGCACCGGAGCAUGGUCACCGAUGCAACAAGUUCUAUAAAGCAUUUGGAAGAUGGGGCAGGCAUUGAUGGUAAUACUACUCCAAAAGUGAAGAGGAAAAAGUUAAAGGGAAAAAGGGCAGUUGUUAGGUGGCUCAAGUUCUUCAGAUAUAAGAAGAAGAAAGAUUAUGAAAGGAUGACAGCAGAAGAAAAAAUAUUAUAUAAAUUGAGGAAGGCUCAAAAGAAGGAGGCUAGAAUUAUAGAAGCUCUGAAGAAGAUUGAACCUGCAGAAUCGUUAGAAGCAACCCAUGAUCCCGAAAUUUUGACACCAGAGGAACACUUCUUCUUCUUAAAGAUGGGCCUCAAGAACAAGAAUUAUGUGCCCAUUGGAAGGCGUGGAAUCUUCCAAGGUGUAAUCCUGAACAUGCAUCUACAUUGGAAAAAGCACCAGACCGUAAAGGUGCUUGUCAAAAAUUUCAGUCCUGAGGAAGUCAAGGAGAUUGCAGUAGACCUGGCAAGAUUGAGUGGAGGGAUUGUCCUUGACAUUCAUGAAGAGUAUACAAUUAUCAUGUACAGAGGCAAGAACUAUUCUCAGCCACCAACAGAGAUAAUGUCCCCUAAGAUCACUCUUUCCCGGAAGAAGGCGUUGGAUAAGUCCAAAAACCGGGAUGCCCUUAGAGCUGUUCGGAAGUACAUCCCAAGGCUUGAACAGGAGCUUGAGUUGCUUCAAGCAAAAGCAAAAAUGGAGCAUGAAAAUAAAACUGAGCCUGGAAAGGAAGGCCAUGAGACGCAGGUUGGCAGCAACAACAAUGGUGGCCUAUCCGACUGGCAGUUGGGGCAUUCAGCUAAGUUGGAAGAGAUACUUUGUGAAAAUAAUGAGUCUCCUGAGGAUGAUUCUAUGAGUGAAUCUGGUAUUGGCUCAGAAUCUGAAGCUUUGUCUGAUAUCUUUGAGACAGAUUCUGAUGGGGACGAGGAGCUAAAGGCAGAACGUUCACUUUAUCUGGAUGAAUUUGAAAAGUUUCCCGUAAAACGCGAUGGGGAGCCUGAUGAUUUUGAGGAUCACCUGCGUCAAAUUUCUGCAGACUCAAGGAAGAAAGAUGUUGAACUACCAGACCUCGAUGAGGUUGAUAGGAUGUUCUUGCGUGCAGAAUCACUGUUAAAAAAGAAGUGGAGAUGAAGAAGUGUAUCGAUCAAAUAAGAGAUUUUGCAAUCUUAAAAAAUUAUACUCACUCCAGCUCGCUUGUGAUGAUUAUAUAUGCAUUGAGUCUAUGCUGUCAAGAUCCUCAGCCGCUUAAGGCUAAGAAUGACUAAAAGAAAUGGCUGACUUUGUUGUAUUCUGGAAUACUUGGCUUUAAACCUGCGUACCAAGCUGCCUUAAUUUAUUUAAUUAUUUUCAGUA